GGAGGAGGCCACAGGCUGUGACUGAGCAUACCAUCAGAGGACUCGGAGCCAGGGUCGGUAAAGAAGUUGAUUCAUGGGGCCCAGCAGAGCGGGGCUGGAUACCACACGACAGGGGACCCAGGACAGGGGCAGAGUGGCACGGAGAGGCCGUGUCCAGUUGGACUCCAGGCAGAGGAUUGGGUCAUCAUCGAGGUUCUGAGAACCCUGCAUUGCUCCUGCAGAGAGACCCUGACUUCCCUGGGAGCCCCCAGUAGGGGUCAGAGAAGGAGGUCUAGUGGCUCCAGCAGAGAUGUGGGGUGCAGGAGGAAGGGGUGUGGCAGAGAGGGGAGCCCUGGGCGGUCCCAGAAGGAGCCCCAUGUCUUCUGGCCUCUCCCACCUCUGUCCUCAGACACAUAAUGGACGAAUACACCUUCACUGGGAACUUCAACAAUCAAGGAUGGCCUUCCAAGACCUACCUGUGCUACAAGGUGGAGAGGCUGGACGGUGACGCUACGAUCCCUCUGGACGAGUACAAGGGCUUUGUGCACAACAAGGGUUUGGAUCAACUGGAGGAACCCUGCCAUGCAGAGGUCUGCUUCCUGGGAAAGAUCCGUUCUUGGAAUCUGGACCAGAAUCAGCACCACAGGCUCACCUGUUUCAUCUCCUGGAGCCCCUGUUACGAUUGCGCCCAGAAACUGACUACAUUCCUGAAGGAGAACCGCCACAUAAGCCUGCACAUCCUUGCCUCCCGCAUCUAUACCCACAACCGCUUUGGGUGCCAUCAGAGUGGACUGUGCGAACUGCAAGCGGCUGGGGCCCGAAUCACCAUCAUGACCUUUGAGGACUUUAAGCACUGCUGGGAAACCUUCGUGGACCACAAGGGAAAACCCUUUCAGCCCUGGGAGGGGCUAAAUGUAAAGAGUCAGGCGCUCUGUGCGAAACUGCAGGCCAUUCUCAAGACUCAGCAAAACUGAAGGAUGGACGCCAGCCUCUCUAAAGAAGGCAGGAGACCUCUAUUCAACAGCAGAACAAAACACCUUCUUUCAAGAAGUAUAAACAUGCCAUUUGCUACUAUCUCCAGACUGAUCCAAACAGACCAGCAAAAAGCAAAUGACUCAAAAGAAAUAGAUUUUUUUUUAAAUAAAAAUCUGAGUAGAUUUA